AAGUACAGAGGAUGAAGAAGAAAGAGUGGCUGUUCGAGAUCAUGUCGGAAGAUCAAGAAAGUUGUAAUCUUUUUCGUGUCGGGUUAAUCAGUUUCUUGCUGUUAAUUACAGGGAGUCUUGUCGGCGGAGAUUCACUGGGGACUGAUAAGCAAGUGCUGCUCAGCUUGAAGACAUUUCUUGAGGGUCAGAAUCGUGUAAACAGAGGAUCAAAGUAUACGCUAUGGAAUUCCACGGAUGAAUCGCCGUGUAAAUGGCCGGGAAUUUCCUGUGACGGCGUGGGGAAUCGAGUCACCGGCGUUAAUCUCUCCGGGGAUAACCUGGCCGGGAAAAUUUUCGACAACUUCUCGGCGUUAACCGGCCUGACAUACCUCGACCUGUCGAAGAACACACUCGAAAACGCCGUUCCGGCGGAUUUGGGCACGUGUCGGAGCCUCAGAUUCUUAAACUUGUCGCACAACAUCAUUGAUGGAGAGCUCAAUCUGACAGGGCUGUAUAGCUUGGAGAUUCUUGAUUUGUCGAUGAACAGACUUGGAGGUGAAAUCUGGCCGGUUUUCCCCGGAAUUUGCAACAAUUUGGUGGUUAUGAACAUUUCCAACAAUGGAUUCUCCGGCGAGAUUGGAAACGCCUUUGCCAGGUGUAGCAAUUUGGAGUAUCUUGAUCUCAGCACCAACAAUCUCUCCGGCGGAUUGCCGUUCGGGAUUGAUAAGCUGAGAGGGUUUUCUGUGGGGCAGAACAACAUUUCCGGGGAGCUGCCUUCUUGGAUUUUCAGGCAAAAUUGCAGCUUGCAGGCCCUGGAUUUGUCGGAAAACAAAUUCUCAGGCGAGUUGCCGAAGGAGAUUUCUUAUUGCAAGGAUUUAAGUAUGCUGAACUUGUGGGGAAACAGCUUCUCAGGGCUUAUUCCUGAGGAAAUUGGAUUCAUCCAGGGCCUGGAAACAUUGUACCUGGGAAACAACAAGUUUUCAAGUUCGAUUCCAGAUACUCUGUCCGGCCUGAAAAACUUACUCUAUCUAGACCUCAGCAAGAACGGGUUUGGAGGCGAAAUUCAAGAAAUUUUCGGGCGAUUCACACAGGUAAAAUUCCUACUCCUAAAUGGGAAUGCUUAUACUGGAGGGAUCAUCUCUUCAGGAAUUCCCAACCUGGCUAACCUGUCUCGGUUGGAUCUUAGCGAAAACAGCUUCUCGGGUCCAUUGCCAGCCGAGAUUUCUCAAAUGACUAACUUGAAGUUCUUAAUUCUUGCCUUCAACCACUUCACUGGAACCAUACCUUCAGAAUAUGGGAGUUUUCCUGUAAUCCAAGCCCUCGAUCUGUCCUUCAACAGCCUUUCGGGGUCUAUCCCGCAAAGCCUGGGGAGAUUAGCCUCACUUUUGUGGUUAACCCUAGCAAGCAAUUCACUGACAGGUGAAAUCCCAGGGGAAUUAGGGAAUUGCAGCAGCCUGCUAUGGCUAAAUCUCGAAAACAAUCGCCUUUCUGGUUCCAUUCCAGCCGAGUUAGCAAACAUUGGCUCGAAUCCAAUGCCAACGUUCUUGCUUAACCGGGACGAAGAUAAGAUCAUCCCCAGUUCAUCUGGAGAGUGUCAAAUCAUGAAAAGAUGGAUUCCAGCUGAUUAUCCCCCAUUCAGCUUUGUAUAUCCUCUGCUGACAGGGAAAAAAUGCAGAAGCCUCUGGGACAAACUCCUAAAAGGCUAUGGCCUGUUUCAAUUUUGUGGGGCAGGGAUUAACGUUCGGACUUUCCAGAUUUCAGGAUAUGUACAACUUUGUAACAACAAAUUAUCCGGUUUGGUCCCUCCAGAAAUCGGUAAAAUGCAGAGUUUUAGCAUGCUGCAUAUAGGGUAUAACAAUUUCCAUGGAAAAUUCCCUUCCGAAAUUGGCAAAAUGCCUCUAGUAGUACUCAACGUGACACAGAACAAAUUCUCCGGCCAAAUUCCGCCGCAGAUUGGGAACAUGAAGUGCCUGCUGAAUCUUGAUUUAUCCCACAACAAUUUCUCCGGCCAAUUUCCGACCAGCCUCAACAACUUGACUGAUCUCAACAAGUUCAAUAUCUCUUACAACCCUUAUAUCUAUGGCGUCAUACCCCCAAUCGGACAACUAGCCACGUUCGAAAAAUCAUCUUUUCUUGGAGACCCAUUGCUAAAUCUUCCAUCUUUCAUUGAUAACUCCACAGAAAAUCAGCCCGAUAAGCACGAAAACCCGAAAAAGACAACAAAUUUAGGCACAUUCUUGGUUUUUGCAGCUCUAGUAUUGGCUUUUAUAGUGUGUGGAGUUAUCUUCUUUGUAGUAUGCUUGGUUGUGAAGGAGACGUCGGAGAAGUCUCCGGCGGACUAUUUGUUAGAAGAUACAAAGAUUCGGCAUGAUUCGAGCUCCCCCGACGGUUCAUCAUCGCCGUGGUUCCCAAGCGCCGUUAAGGUUAUCCGUCUAGACAAGAAAUUUUUCACGCAUUCGGACAUCGUGAACGCGACAGGGAAUUUCUCGGCCGACAGGAUUGUCGGGCGGGGAGGAUUCGGGACUGUGUACCGUGGGGUGUUGCCGGACGGGAGAGAAGUGGCGGUGAAGAAGCUGCAGAGGGAAGGGAUUGAAGGGGAAAGAGAGUUCAUGGCUGAAAUGGAAGUUUUAAGUGGGAACGGUUUCGGGUGGCCGCAUCCAAACCUCGUAACACUCUACGGAUGGUGCCUCGACGGCUCCGAAAAGCUGCUGGUCUAUGAAUUCAUGGGAGGUGGAAGCUUGGAGGAUAUGAUCACAGACAGGGUGAAGUUUUCAUGGAAGAAACGAAUCAAAGCCGCCAUUGAUGUCGCAAAAGCUUUAGUCUUUUUGCACCACGAGUGUCACCCCUGCAUCGUCCACCGCGACGUCAAGGCCAGCAAUGUUCUCCUAGACAGGGACGGCGGGGCACGCGUGACGGAUUUCGGGCUGGCAAGAUUCAUGGAUUCGUCGAAAACCCACGUCAGCACGAUGAUGGCGGGGACGGUCGGGUACGUGGCGCCGGAGUACGGGCAGACGUGGCAGGCGACAACAAGGGGAGACGUGUACAGCUACGGGGUGCUAGCGAUGGAGCUAGCGACGGGGAGGCGGGCGGUGGACGGAGGGGAAGAGUGUUUGCUAGAAUGGGCGCGGCGCGUGAUGGGAGACGGGCGGCAAGGGUUUAGCAGUAGGGGCGUGAUUCCGGUGGCGCUUUUGGUGUCGGGACUGGCGGACGGGGCGGAGGAGAUGUGUGAGUUGCUGAGAAUUGGGAUAAGGUGCACGGCGGAGACGCCGUGUUUAAGGCCUAACAUGAAGGAGGUUCUUAAUAUGCUGCUCAGGAUUAAAUUUGCAGAUCAUCAUCAUGGAUCUUAGCUUCUUCUCCUCUAUAUUAGUUAUAGGAAAAUUUGAUUUGCAUCAAUUCAAUCAUGUAAUCACCUAGCUGAAAUUAACAUUCAAUUGUUUAGAAUGUGAAUUCAAAUUU